AUGGUAGAUUUAAUACUCAAGUAUUUCUCUGAAGAGGCUCUGAAGUACACCACUGUGGUCUUCACUCACGGCGAUGAGCUUCCAGAGGACAUGGAGAUUAAAGAAUGGAUCCGUGAAAACAAAGCUCUGAACACUCUGGUUCAGAAAUGUGGAGGCCGCUGCCAUGUGUUUGAUAAUAAACGGCUAACAACGCUGGAAACAACGACCAAUCGACCAGUUCAGGAACAACCAAAUACCAGGUGGAGAUAUGUCUCGUCAAACUUGAGGCUGACAUUCUUGCUCCGUACCCAUCGGACCAAGGAGCUUUGGCUGGACUGGUGGGGGCUUUUUCUGGGCAUGGGGGGGAGGAGUAAUGGUGGCACUUGUGUUGACCGUUCCUCUCCAGGUCUGUUAUGUUGUGUGGCCACAGGUGUGACUGGGGCAGCAGUCGGGGGGCCCACAGGCGCCUGGUGGGGGCUGGGGCGUCUGAGAAGUGGUGCUCACCGUCCAGAUGCGUGGAAGAUGCAGUAA